UACAAUGAGGUUACUUUGUUGGUCGUCAUAAUACAAAAAUAGCAGUAGCUAGCCGAGCGACUCGUCGGCAACCCUGAAGCAAGAGGCCAAACCAGUUAUGGCCUGCAUUCUGUGAAAACGUUAACGUAUUUUAUCCAGUUUAGCCCUAAUAGCUUCUGGGUACUGCUCUUUCCCAGUCGCGGCCCAUAAUCUUCGCGACAUUAUUGCACGGUUUACCAAGCUAGGCAUCUCCCAACAAUGUAUCGUUGCCAAAGCUCAAGUUUAAUAGCGUUAGUUGUGGCAACCUACGCUGUCGUGGGAGUUGCCACUUCGGGCGCCGGUGAUGUGGGGCGGCGUCUUGCUCUGAGGCAUCCGGACUCCCAAGACGGGAAUAUUGUGGCAGCACGCGGCGGCCUGCCCGCUUCGGAUAUAGCUGGUUUCAUUAUGGGACGACGAUACCUGCAGCACCGGCGCGACCAUCGCUUCAGAGAGCUCCAAGUAGUAAAGGCCCCAGUGCCACCACCACCUGCACCGCCGUCUCUGCCACCGCCAUCACCUUUCCCACCCUCACCACCCCCACCGUCGCCUUUCCCGCCUUCUCCCCCGCCGCCCACGCCUCCACCGCCUUCACCACCCCCACCCACUCCUCCACCUCCAUUCCCUCCCCCGCCUACUCCUCCGCCUCCAUCACCACCACCGCCUGCUCCACCCCCACCCUCACCACCCCCACCCUCACCACCACCGCCCCCACGGCUUCGCCCGCCGCCUCCUUCUUCAGUCCGUCGGCCACCUCCUCCCUCAUCAUCCAAGCCACCACCGUCGCCGUCGCCCUUACCUCCCUCUAGUCUUCCACCAGUUCCCUCCUCUCGGUCGCCUCCGCCGUCGCCGCUGCCACGUUCGUCACCGUUGCCUUCCCAACCGCCUCCGCCAUCCUCGCCACCACCCCCACCGCCUCCGCCGCCCCCGUCGCCCCCGCCACCAUCCCCGGCGCCUCCUUCACCGUCCCCACCGCCUCUGCCGCCCUCGCCGCGUCCCCCGUCGCCGCUGCCACCCUCACCGCCGCCCCCGUCGCCCCCGCCACCAUCCCCGGCGCCUCCUUCACCGUCCCCACCACCUCCGACGCCUUCGCCGCGUCCCCCGUCUCCUCUUCCUCCCUCGCCCCCGCCGCCUCCACCGCCACUGCCACCAGCCCCCUCGCCUCCUACGCCGCCCCCACCACCGCCGCCGCCUUCGCCGCCUCCCCCGUCGCCUCCUCCUCCCUCCCCUCCGCCGCCUCCACCGCUCCUGCCACCAUCCCCUUCGCCUCCUUCGCCGCUCCCACCACCUCCACCGCCCUCUCCACCUCCCCCGUCACCCCCGCCACCCUCACCGCCGCCUCCGCCACCUCCACCACCAUCCCCGGCGCCUCCUUCGCCUCCCCCACCCCCUCCUCCACCCUCGCCGCGGCCCCCAUCGCCUUUGCCACCCUCACCGCCGCCUCCGCCGCCUCCACCACCAUCCCCACCGCCCCCUUCACCACCACCGCCACCGCCUCCCCCCUCGCACCCGCCGCCAUCGCCGCCACCUCCGCCACCUCCGCUUCCGCCGCCAUCGCCGCCACCACCGCCCUCAUUGCCACCUCCGUCCCCGCCUCCUCCGCCUCCGCCUCCGCCGUUUCCGCCACCACCCCUUCCACCACCGCCACCUACGUCCCGCUCUGCCUUUCCGCCCCCACGGGCAGUGCGCUCGCCCCCACCUUCACCUUACUCCCCGCCGCCAUCGCCCCUUCCCCCGCCUCCGUCACCGCCACCAGCAAACCCCUUCUCAGGCCUCGCCUGUCCCGACGCAUCCGCCGUGCUCGACGCCGCCAACGCCUACCGUGCGCUGCACCAGGCGGCGCCCCUGCAGUGGGACGCUGGACUAGCGGCGGACUCUCAGGCCUACGCCGCGGUGCUGGCGGGCAGUAACCAGUGUGUGCUGCAGCACUCCAACGUGGGAGGGGAGAGCCUGUACUCUAUGACCAGCUAUCCCAAGCCCGACGCGACAUGCCAGCGUGCCAUAGACUCCUGGUACCGCGAGGUCAAGAUGUACAACUUUGCCACCAGUACGCCGUACGACACAAACGUGGGCCGUGGCACCAUGCACUUCGUACAGCUGGUGUGGCGGAGCACUACGUCAUUCGGUUGCGGUGUGGCCCUGGCGGAUCAAGCCAUCCCCAACAUGCCCGGCAUGGGAGGCUGCAAGGUGAUCGUGUGCCGUUUCCGAACGGGCUUCCUGGCCAGCAACGAGGAACUUGCAAGGAACGUGUUCCCCCCGCUUGCUUGAGCCCCAUGGACCAAGCUGGAAGGACGUGGAGUGAGCUAGGACGUGGAGUGAACUACGACGUGCCGCAAUAUGUGGACGAGAUAACACCUAGGUGCCUGCAAUCUUGUUUUGCAGCAGUAGCACAGCGUGGAUGCCCCAACACCAGCCAGCAGCUCCAGCCAACUACCACUACGUACGAUUAGUGCCAUGCGCGAAGUUGCUAGCGUGCCUCCCGAUUUUGUGGAUUACUGCACGCAAAUAUGAUGACGCAGGUUUGUCGUACUUAUAAAUGGUGACUGAUACUGCUUACUUGAAUCCCCGCCUGUGGACUUGUUACUAUCUCCCCCCUAACAUAUUGCUAAAUACAAUGAAUUCCGGCUUACGGUUAUUAACCUCAUUUAUCUGUAUAUACUGUUCUUGAUAUGCCUUUAUCUAUAUAUAGUGUUCUUGAUAUGCCCGGAGGUAGACCCGGAGGUAUCACUGUUUAGCAGGCCUACCCAUGGAUCUUGGCAGACUUAUGUAUUGCUUAUAAGGUUUUUGAUUUCUGACUUGCAGAGAUGCUGUGUGCGGUCUGAGGAGUAAGUUUGCGGUGAUGGAUCACGUUUCAUGUAGCUGGGUGUCAUGUUUUUGUGGUACAGAGUCUGACACAUUUCAGCCGACGUCAGCUGCGAACGUUGGCAUGUUUUACUGUACGUUGCAGGGGGGCUGGAACUAAUGCCUUAGUCAUAAUACCGAUUCACUGUAUGGAUCUUGUUUUAUGCACGCGAUUUAGCUUUUUCACUUUUUAGACUCUUCCCUUUAUACGACGCUGUAUGUGCUUAACUACCGGUACCCAUGACAUGUGGAUGCGCAGAGCGCUUCGGCAGUGCUUAUUGCAGGAGUGAUGUUUUGUGAGACGGUUACGUACGCGUAUAUAUCCGCUUAUACCUGUUCAUGGCUUGUACGUGUCCCUGUGUUGCUCCCAGUUUUCUAAUCCUUGCUCUCCUAAUUCCUGUGAUUCAGAUCAUAUAGGAUCCAACUAGGUCUUCAGCUAGUUUCAUACCCGGCUAGAUCUCUACCUUCUUGCAUGAUCUAGCUGGAUCGCGGAGGAGUGCGUAGGCAACAUGAUGCCCAC